AUGCUAAAGCCACAAAGAAAGGCGUAUGUGCCAUUCAGAUAUGCGCCAUUUCUAUUUAAACCAAAUGCUGGCACACCCUCCUCUCCUCUAGACCACAUUAAGCUUUUAAAACUAUCAGCUGAUACUAAAAACCUCAAGGCUGGUAAAACAAUCCAUGCCCAUUUGAUCAUAACUAACCAAACCACCCAGAGCAACAGGAUUGAAGUUAAUUCCUUGAUAAAUUUCUAUGCAAAAGUUAAUCAAGUCUCGGUUGCCCACAACUUGUUUGAUAGAAUGUCUGAAAGAAAUGUGGUUUCUUGGAGUGCUUUGAUGACUGGGUAUUUGCUUAAUGGAUUUUCUUUGGAAGUGAUUAGGUUGUUGAAAGAUAUGGUUUCAGAAGGUAAUGUGAGCCCGAAUGAGUAUAUUUUUGCCAUUGCUAUUUCUUCCUGUUGUGAUCGUGGGAGAAUUGAGGAGGGUAGGCAAUGUCAAGCGCUUGUGGUAAAGACUGGAUUUCUGUUUUAUAGUUAUGUGAGGAAUGCUCUUGUAUCUAUGUAUUCUAGAUUUUCGAUUGUUCGAGAUGCAAUGGGGGUUUGGAAUGAAGUGCCUGGAAAUGAUAUUGUUGCUUAUAAUUCGAUUUUGAGUGGAUUUUUGGAAAACGGGUAUUUGAAGGAGGGUUUAGAGGGUCUGAGGAGCAUGUUAGGUAAGUCUAUGAAGUGGGAUAAGGUUACUUUUGUUAAUGUUUUUGGUCUUUGUGCUUCCCUUAAAGAUUUUAAGUUGGGUUUGCAAGUCCAUGGCAAGAUGUUGAGGAGUGAUGUUGAAUGUGAUGCAUAUGUUAGCAGUGCAAUCAUAAAUAUGUACGGGAAAUGUGGAAACAGUUCGAUGGCAAGGGGUUUUUUUAAUGGUUUGCAAAGUGGUAAUGUGGUGUUAUGGACUGCUGUCAUGGCUGCUUACUUUCAAAAUGGUUGCUUUGAAGAAGCACUGAAUUUAUUUUCAAAAAUGGAACAUGAAAAUGUAAAAUCAAACGAAUUUACAUAUGCUGUCUUGUUAAAUGCUAGUGCAGGGCUGUCUGCACUAAGAAUUGGGUCUUCGUUACAUGGGCACUGUGAGAAGUCAGGUUUUAAGCAACAUGUUAUGGUUGGAAAUGCUUUAAUAAAUAUGUAUGUGAAGAGCGGUAACAUUGAGGCAGCUAUGAAAGUAUUUUCAGAUAUGAUGCAUCGUGACAUUAUUACUUGGAAUGCAAUGAUAUGUGGCUUGUCACAUCACGGCCUAGGAAAGAGAGCUCUUCUUGUGUUUCAAAACAUGUUGGCUGCAGAAGAGCAUCCUAACUAUGUAACUUUCACUGGGGUGCUCUCUGCUUGUGGCCAUCUGGGUCUAGUGCAAGAGGGAUUCUAUUAUUUGCACCACCUAAUGAAACAGUUUGGUGUCCAACCUGGAUUGGAGCACUAUACUUGUAUUGUUGGCCUUCUAAGCAAGGUUGGACGACUUGAUGAGGCUCAGAAUUUUAUGAGCACAGCACCAGUUAAAUGGGAUGUUGUUGCCUGGCGUACUUUGCUCAAUGCGUGCCAUGUCCAUCAGAACUAUGGCUUAGGAAGGUGGGUUGCAGAAUCUGUCUUAGAGAUGGACCCUCAUGAUGUAGGAACAUAUACUCUAUUAUCUAAUAUGUAUGCCAAGGAAAAGAGAUGGGAUGGAGUUGUCAAGGUUAGACAGUUGAUGAGGGACAAAAACAUUAAGAAAGAACCUGGGGUGAGCUGGAUAGAGAUAGGAAAUGCCACCCAUAUAUUUACUUCGGAAGGUAAUAAGCAUCCAGAUUGUAGUCAGAUUUAUCAUAAAGUAAAGGGGCUUUUGGCUAUGAUUAAGCCACUGGGUUAUACUCCAGAUAUUGGUGCGGUGCUGCAUGAUGUAGAGGAUGAGCAGAAGGAAUAUUAUCUUAGUUAUCACAGUGAGAAGUUAGCUAUAGCUUAUGGUCUUCUGAAAAUGCCAUCAGAAGCAUCCAUCAUUGUAACUUAG